AGCGCACGGAAGAUGAAAGCGAGAUGGAGGGCAUAAAAUGGUCUGUCCAGAAACGACACAAACCUCUCUUUGCCACCCAUCUCUCCCAAAUCGUACCGCCAUGAGCUCUGCUUCUCUCGUAUCAACCGGUCUUAAAGCUUUCGCCUGCUUCUGGGCGGCCCUCACUUUCUCCGUGGCCGCUGCAUUCAUUGCCAAAACAGAUGACUUCUUCACUCUGCUUGGCGGAAGCAAGUAUGUCAGGAGCACCCACCUCACUGCCGGAAACGCCCUCAUCGCUGCUGGUGUCCUCGCCUGGCUGUACUUUAUGCUGGUCUUGGUUUUGAGCUUUGUCAGCCCCCGCAACAUCUGUGUCUCCGUCAUGGUCGACACCAUUUGCCUGUUCGCCCUCUUCGUCUUCUUCUUGGGUUCUUCCGCCACUCUUUCAACUUUAGCGUCACUGGCACGAGCUUAUGACACAUAUACCUGGGCGAGGCUCGGCGAAGCUACUCUCGGUGUUGCUUGGGUUAUGACCUUCCUCAUCUUCGGUAUCCUUAUCUUCCAAGUCGCAUACACCCUUCUCAACUUUGGCGGCUCUUACGCUACUUGGAGAAGUUCUUUCAGCCAGCUCGUCAGCCGUCCCGAGGAAGUGGCGCCUGCGACGCCUACUACUGAAAAGGAGGCCAUCUCUGCCGAGGCUCCUGUCGCGGCUGUCCCUGCCGUCGAAGUUUGAAGGAUCUGAUACGGGGUAUCACGGAGAUCCAAUAAUGCUUUAUAACAUAUAGACAUACAUACUGGGCGAUAAUAGGAUAUAAUCAAUAUUGAUGCAGACAGA